AUGUCGAAGAGAGUGAGACGUGAUGGCGGUAGUAGUAGUAGUGAUGGGUUUAUGGAGGAAACAUUUGUGAAUGAAACACUUAAUUUAGUAUAUUUUGAAUCUUCUCUUCUUGAUCCAGCUGCUGCACCUGUUUCUAGCUCUACAAUGGGGAAACAGAGGAUCAUAUCUACUAUUGUGAAAAUGUGGAGUUGUACUACUUCUCUGGUUCAAUUCUGGGCACCUAUCAAGGUCAACGGAUCAACUGUCCUGUCAACUGCGGAUCAACCAUUUGCUUUCCAUAAGGAACUUGAUAAGAGGCUGUUUGAAUACAGGAGGCUCUGCCUCGACACUUUGAUUCCCAUUGACAUGUACAAUGAAGAUCUUCUUGGCUCCCCUGGACGAGUUUUCAGAAGUGGGUUGCCAGAAGUUAACCCCGACGUUGGAAGUUACUCCGCUGGAGAGUUUCCACUGCUUGAAACUGCAAUUCGGUUGGGCAUCUGUUCUUAUUAUGCAAUUUCUGUGUUUAACCUCCAUGAUCACCAGUGCGUUGGUGUAUUUGAGAUGGCAUCUACACAACCAUUUCUCUUUAUUCCCGUGACUAUUGAGGACAUGGAUUUGAAGUCAUCUGGGUUGUAUAGCAUUUGUUACUCAACGGACACAAUUGUUAGAUCUUUAGAGGAUGAUUCUGGAAUUGACCAAAUAGAGGCAGGCUUACAUGUGGUCCGUAAAAUACACAGUUUACCCUUUGCUCAAAUUUGGAUUCCUUAUUCUCAAUCAGGGUUACGUGCUGGUGCCUCCAGCUAUGACCGUUCGAGAUCAAUGUAUCGUGAGUUUGAAUAUGCUUCUAAGGUCUGUUUUAUUCCGAGCGGUAAGGGAUUGGUGGGGAGGGCAUUUCCAUCCCAAGGUUCAUGCUUUUGCAAAGAUGUUACUCUGUUAAGCUUGACAGAGUACCCUAUGGUGCCUGGUGCACGAAAAGCUAGAUUGAACCAGUGUUUUGCAAUUUGUUUGAGAAGUAAUAGCGCCAGCAAUAUUAUUUCUGCCGUAGUUGAGUUCUUUCUGCCACCCGACGAAAUGGUUGUUAGAGAUACAAAGACUUUCUUAAACUUGCUUUUAUCCACAAUGAAAGAACAACUUCCAGGUGUCAGAGUUGCUUCUGGAGAAGAACUAGGGCAGAGGAUACGAGUUGAAGUUGUUAAAGUUUCCCCGAGUGAUGAACUUGACUCCUUUGAAAUUGGCCAACCUCUGCCGAUUGUUCAAUCACUUCAGGAUGGAGGAGAAACAGCAGAGAUUGUUUCUUUGUGUCAACAGUCAAAUUUACAGAAUGAGGAGAACAAUGACUUGUUCAUUUUUCUUCCUUCUUGUUCAUCACACAAGCGUGACUCGCUCAACUGCGAAAGGCCAGUGCAAGUUGAUCCAUUACUUCCUCAUCCAACACCAGAAGCUGGGACAAACAGAGGGACGGUUAACGUGGAUGUGGCACAUGAUGAUCAUAUUGAGUUUGAAAAGGACACAGGACAAAUGAUGCAGCCUGAUUCACAUUUUGAGCAACCAAGUGUAGAAAUUGAUUCUACGGGCAAUGCUAUGAGUAAUGACAAACUCGAGCAUAAUGAUAUUGCUAGAUGUUUGCCCGUAGUUGAAGCUGAAGCCACAAAUGAAGAUAGUAACGUCAUCAGUGGAGCAACGACUAACAACGAGAAAAUCCAUUCACAGAAGAACAAUGAAAUACAGAGGAUAGAAAAAAAUUAUCAGAUCACUCGUGAUAUUCUAGAGCAGCAGUUUGGCUCGACUCUCGAAAAUGCUGCCAAAAAUCUACGUGUUAGUCGAGCAACUCUGAAACGAAUAUGUAGAGAAUAUGCUAUCUCUAGGUGGCCACAUCAUAAGACUAGAAAGGUUUACCACAAUUUUAGCCAAGGCAUAUCUUUACAAGGUGCUGAACCCUACAUGGGAGAUCAACAAUGUCCUAAUCUUUCCCAAGAAAAAGGAACAAAUUGUAGUGUGCACAAAAAAUCUCGUUCAACAGGAAAACCUUGUGAUGAUAGUGUGAUGUCUAUAAAGGUUACAUAUAGAGAUGAUAUCAUAAAGUUCACACUCACCCCUUCAUCAACCAUGGUAGAACCGGAGGGGGGAGUGGAAAAGAGGCUUAACAUAUCACUUCAAAUAUUUCCAAUUAAGUAUCAAGAUGAGGAUGAAGAUUGGGUAACCAUUACAGGGGAUUCAGAUUUGAGGGAGGGUAUGCAUGAAAUAAGAUUGUUGGGAAGGACUGCUAUGAAAUUAGUUGUUACCCCAAAAUCUGACACGUGAAGGAUUUUCCCUCAAUUGUUAUGGUUCAUCUUCAUCGCAGAAUUUUUGUGACGUAUCCUUUCGAUGAUACGGUGUUGUUUCCUGGCCAGCAGUAUUCUCGAACAGUCUUUGAGGUCAUGAUUAGACUUAACACUAUUUUUAUGCAGUUGUUAAUUAGUAUCAUACACCAUUUUCAAAUUUGUUUGGUAGCCAUGAGUUUGUCUCUCCCCACCCUAGCCCACACACAAACACAACAAAGACUCGUAUUGUAUAACAAGAGGAUUGAAUUCGUAUGUAUAUACUCCUAGACCUGUGUAUAUAGUAAUUUUUAGUCCAAAUGCUUAGUUAAAGAUAAUGUAAUAAUUGAACCAAGGUCAUUAAUGCCAUUUAUGUAUGAACUUUUUCUAUUA